CGCCGUACAGCGGAACAAAAUAAAAAUUGUAAACAAACCUUUACGACAAGUUGGAUAGCUCACAUCGGUUCAUCAAAAGUCGAGAAGAAUGAAUAUUAUUGAAUUAAAAGAUUUAAAACCAGUUCCGGAUAUUGUUCAAGAGUAUUCGUCAAAUGUUAAGGACAACAAUAUUCCGCUAAUAAUUGACAAUGGAUCGUACUCAUGUCGGGCUGGUUGGGCAUCAAUGGACCAGCCUCAGCUAGUAUUCCGGAAUCUGAUUGCCAAACCACGAAAAGAUCGCAAUAAGAAAGACAAGGAUGACCUGCCAACGAUUCAAAUCGGAAACGACAUUGCGAAUAUUGAACAGCUGCGUUUCCAGUUGAAGAGUCAAUUCGAUAGGAAUGUUGUGACGCAUUUCCACAACCAGGAGCAGAUUUUCGAUUACAUUUUUCAGCAUUUGGCUAUCGACGGUGAAAGAAGGGUGCCACAUCCGAUUGUGCUAACUGAAUGCUUUGCAAAUCCCAACUAUUGUCGACAAUUGAUGUCCGAAUUGUUGUUCGAAUGCUACGACGUUCCGUCAAUUUGUUACGGUAUCGAUUCGCUAUUCGCCAUGAAACACAAUAACAUUGGGGAGAAUGGACUAAUAAUAUCUUGCGGAUACCACACCACCCAUAUAAUACCGGUGCUGAACAACAAAAUAAUUAGCCAGAAUGUUAGGAGGAUCAACUUGGGUGGCUAUCACAUAAUCACAUUUAUGCAUCGAUUGUUGCAACUCAAGUACCCCGUUCAUAUUAACGCAAUAUCACUCAGCCGAAUCGAAUGGUUAUUGCAUAAUCAUUGUUCCAUUGCAUUGGACUACAUCGAUGAGCUGAAGAAAUGGGCGCUGAUCGAUUACUAUGACGAGCAUGUCAAGAAGGUACAGCUUCCGUAUAAUACACCAGUUGCUGUUACCACGUUGACUGCCGAACAAAAAAUUGAAAAGAAACGAGAAUUGGCUAAACGAUUGGCUGACAUAAAUGCCAGGAAGCGAGAAGAGAAACUUGCCGAAGAUGAAGAUCAAUUGCAGAAAUUGUUGGUGGCUAAAGAUUUGUUUGACGAUGGCGAUUAUGAAGAGUUUAAAGAAGUGAUCAAUGAACAGUCAAUUCCAAGCUAUGACGAACUUCAGAAAUUGAUUCAAGUUACUAGCAGCAAAAUCGAUAAAACUCGUCAGAAAAUCGCUCAAGCUGAAUCAACCACCGCUCAAGUAUUUCCAUUUGAAGAGAAACCUUCGACCAAUAUUCCACAACCCCCGAGCGACAUAACGUUGGACGAAUGGAUCGCUCAAACGAGGCAGAAACGAUUUUCCAUCAUGGAACGCAAACAGAGUCGUCGGCAACGAAAACAGGAUUUGGCCAAACGCAGAACUGCGGCGGCUCAGGAACGUAUGCGUAUUAUCUCACAAUUGGCUCGCAAAGAGAAAGGAACCGACGAUUUCGGCAUGCGUGACGAGGAUUGGGAUGUUUACAAGACGAUCAGCAAAGAGACCGGUGACAGUGACAGCGAAGCCGAAAAUGAGAAAAUCCUGGAAUGUGAAGAAAUUCUCCGUCACCAUGAUCCUGAAUUCGAAGAACCAAAUAUCUCUCAAGGAGGAGCCGCAGAAUUUCACCAGCUGCACAUCGGCGUUGAGACUAUUCGAGCAACAGAACUCCUCUUCCAACCAAGCAUGAUUGGCAGCUCAGAAGCCGGCUUAGCAGAAACGAUUGAAUACAUUUUAAAAAUGUUCAACGAAUCCGAUCAGUUGAUUUUGGCGAAUUCGGUAUUCCUGACCGGUGGUUGCUCCAAUUUUCUCGGUUUAAAAGAACGUCUAUCGCGCGAGCUCAUGGAGAUGCGUCCAUUUCAAUCGACCCAUAAGAUAUUCACUUCAUCCAAUGCUUCGUUGGAUGCAUGGUGCGGAGCUAGAGACAUAGCCAAUUCUGGCAAUUUGGACGAUUACAUGACAACAAAAUUGGACUACACCGAAAAGGGCGGAGAAUAUCUGAGGGAACAUCCGUUCAGCAACAAAUUUCAUCCGACACCAGCUCCAAUCGUUGUCGAAACGAAUGAAUAAAAAACGAUCAGUGGGUCAUUGACCACCCAUUGGAAUAAAUUGUAAAGGAAAUGAAAAGCCAGAUGUUUUUCCAGGUUUUUUAAUAAAAGUAAAUUCAACUUUCGUUUACUUUGCUUUACUGUUGAGAAUGAUACCAUCGUAUUUCUGUUGGAACCAUUUCAUGGCAUCUUCCUUCGUUAGCCGAUGUGGGAAACCAACCUGGCCGACU